GAUAAACAUUGGACGGACAGAUCGGUAACGAAAGCUACAAAGAGGAACAUAUUCGCUCAUUUUCUAGCAAAUUGACGUUGUCAUUUUGAUAUUUUUCUGUCUUCUAUAUACAAGCUGAGAUUCGCAUUGUUAACAGUAUCAAAAGGAUUAUGUUGACAGACAGGUUGUGUCUUAUCCCGGGAUGGUGUUCUGAUGUUGCAGUGUGCUGACUGUUCCUCUGGAGAAGACAGACCGGACACUGGCUGGACAGGAUCUUCAGCAUCAACACCAAUACAGCUUGUUCUGCAACCACUAGCACCCUCCUCUCUCUGUCUCUGGCUGGACACAAGUGCAACGUCAUUCCACUGAAAAAAGCUUGGGGGUUUAGCUUUUUUUUAACGCCUGCCUCGACCUAUCAAGUUUGAUGUCUGAUAGCAGUAACGAUGGUGAAAACAUUUCAGGCGUAUUUGCCGCCCAAAUGUCACCGCACAUAUAGCUGUGUGCACUGCAGGGCACAUCUCGCAAACCAUGACGAAUUGAUAUCUAAGUCUUUCCAAGGCAGUCAAGGACGCGCCUAUUUGUUCAAUUCUGUUGUGAAUGUUGGAUGUGGUCCUGCAGAGGAGCGGGUGUUGCUAACUGGACUUCAUGCCGUGGCAGACAUCUUCUGUGAGUGUUGCAAGACAACACUGGGAUGGAAAUAUGAACAUGCUUUUGAGUCUAGUCAGAAAUACAAGGAAGGAAAAUACAUCAUAGAACUCGCUCAUAUGAUAAAAGACAACGGAUGGGAAUGAAAUUUGUGGCAGGUUUUCUGAUGCCUCUUGCCUGCUCUGUGACAAUUCCACUACUUCUUCUAGUUCCAUAAUAAUGCCAGAUUGAAUCCAACAGUGCCUGACAACCCCAGCAUGUUUGACGUGUUUGGAAACUUGACGUAUGAUCAGUACUGAAUCGCUGAUGGUUGGAAGGUUAACUAUUCUAUAUUUCCAUGAUUCUUGAUAUAGUCUGACUAUAUCAUGUUCACUUCAUUGCAUUUUGGGGUUUUGGGGGGGGGGGGGUGUUUUGGAGGUACGAAGUUAAGUAUUUAUAUAAUUGCCAAAAAAAGUAAUAAGGUGGGUGGAUUCAAAACUUUGAGGCAUCAAAAUCUCAACAAUAUUGUGUCAGUCAGAACUGACUUUGUGGUAAUUAAAACAUGACUGUACCAACAACAAUAGGAAGAUCAGGAUUUCAAAGUUUCAGCAAGCAAAUGGAUUUAUGCUUCUAUAAUGACUUCUUAGGCAGGCAAUUGCAAAACAAAAAAAAUUGAUAUGACUGUCUCAAAGCUGCCAAUUUGAUGCUGGAUCUGAGCAAGCAUUGUUUAUAAUGAAGCAUCGUAAUUUAAUGAGACUUUUUACACCCUAGAACAGUAUGGAUUUUGACUUCAAUUUUGAGAUUUUCGUUUGAACAAUGCAGGAGGGAAAGAAAAUAUGCAAAGUUAGGACUGCAUAGACUGGUGGUGUUUCAGGUGCUGAGCUCUCUGUGAUGCUAACAGAGCAGCUCAUAAAGAAUGAUUUACCAUGCAGAAAAAACAUCACAUAAGUGCAACCAGUGUGUGCUUACAAAUUGUGAAACCUAUUUCUUCUGUGUUAUUUAUUAACAUUGUCAAAAACAGAAUUAAAAGUUCAAGGAAAAUGUGGAUCCACUGGUGUGAUAUUUUAACAAAAACUAACAAGGCAGCCGAUUUUCCAGCCACACUGAUCUGAACACACAAACAUAUGCAGGUAGUGAUUGUUAGUAUCGUUUGAUGAUUUUGAAAUCUUAGUUCAGGACUGCAGUGCAAAACAAAUGAUCCCAUCCUUUGAUAAUGAACUACAAAUAAGAGGUGAGGUACUUUGCAGAACAGUUUGUAUGAAAAAGAUGUCUGCAAUGAGCUGUUGACGCAUCUUUGUGUUAAGAUAUUCUACAACAUACAUGUAUGUUUGACAUUUCUGACUGCAAAAGGUGAAACAAAUAUGACAGUUAGUUUUCUUGUCACAAGCUUCAUUUGAAGACAAAAAAUGACUCCAAAACUAUAUGAUAUGAUAUAUCAUCAUCUGUUGCCCACAAAGCUGUGUACAAACUUAUAUCAGGGUGCAAUACAGUUGUCUUUCAGGCAUGAAAUCCUGAUGUUGAAAUGCUGUCCGAUAGGCAUACAGGAUAAACCAUAUUCCAAUGUCCGGUGUGGAAUACAUCUAAAUGUAGUUCCAGCAACAACCACCAUCUCUGUUUCUCAUACAACAUGAAUGAUUAAUGACUUCAGAUGACUUGAUUGAAGUUCAAUGAUUUUGAUGACCAUCAUUGUUGACGAGCUCCUUAAUAAACCCCAAAAGGUCUUGAUUUUGAAGAGUCCAUACAAAAUGAAUCACAUUUUCUUUCUUUUUUUCAAGAGCCUACUAGCCAAGGAAUUUGAGAAUAUCAUCUUUCGAAGACCUUUCAUGAUGGUAAGGAGAUGUGUAAAUGGUUUCAUUAGUGUUUAAAGGACAGAAAAGAAUUAUGUUGCCUUUGGGGACCUUGGUAAAAAGAUCAUCAGGCUAUCUCUUGGGAGACUUGCUUGCCAACAAGGAUUUCUAGAACUGAAAUCACUGUAGGAUGGUCUCUGAAGGGUUUCUAGAAUCUACUAACCCACUAAGUCCUACUAUUGGCUUUUACGCUUGGACCAGCAAGUUUUACUUUUUAUUCUAAUGCUAUUGAUAUAUGGGUGUGAACAUUACAACAUCAACAACCCAGUGGCUAGGUAAUAAUUUGUAUGAAAUUUGGGAAUUCCUCACAGUAAGAUAAUGAGGGAUUGUUUUUGUCUUUCUAAUUUUUGUCUUCAGUUUUGUGGAAGAUGGAAUUUUUCUAUAGUGCUACAAUACUCUUGACUUAUAGACCAUAUUGACUUAAAAUAGCUUUUUCUCUUUUUUUUUUUUUUUCUCUCACACUCUUUGUUUUUAAUUGACUCUCCAGACCUUAUGUGAUAAACAAUUUGUUAAAGACAGUCAUUGAAAUCUGUGUCACCAGACAUGUAAUACAGAACUGGAAGAUCUUGAUUCGUUGAGGUAUCAAGACUGAAGAUGUUCCACUGAACCCUGAGGUCUCGGCAACACGACUACAGUCUGCUCCAUUAUUAUCUUGUGAGCUACAAGGUCCAAAAAUGUGGAACACAGAAUUUCGGCACAGUGCUAUUUUUUAUAGACAUGUGAUGUGCAGACACUUCAAUAUUACAUCACUGCAUCCAGAAGACAGAUGCCUGGUCAGGUUCCAUUUCUCAGCUGUGAUUUUCAUCCCAUACUCUUCACAUCGGCAAUAUAGCGAUGGUUUCACAAGUUUAUGUUAACAGACAAAUGUUAAGAAGAUCUUGAGUUGACUUCCAUAGAGUAUUGUGUGUUGUACAUGUAUAUCAUCAAGUGUAAAUAAUGUGUUGGUCAAUAUAAUAUUUUGAUCUGUUGCAUCAAGUGUAUGUAUUUUUAUCAUCUCUUUUUGUUUUAACUUUAGUACUAAGUCAUAAUUAAUAACUAUUUUCACCCCUAAAAUAAUAUGAUACAUAAAUGAUGUAUGGAUUACUGCUUUUAAGCCAUCAGAAUAUCAUAUUUAUCCUUCUAACUUUAAAAUUAAAAAUUAAAUAAAUUCUAAGAUGGCUUUUAGAACUAAACUGUGGGUCUUCAAAAUGAUCCUGUGUCUUCAAAAUAAUGAUGUGACCCAAUCUUAAUGCUAUUAGAAACUAAAAAUCCGGAUCUAUACUUAUUGAAAGAUUUUGUUAGCUUAGUAAGAUUUGAUAAUUUGCUCCACUGUGAUUACAGUAGUUUACCAUUUUAAAAAUCGCCCCUCAUGUGCAGGUGGCGAAUUUAGAAUGAUUCCAUGCUUCUGAGACUCCCAAAUUUUGGGUCUGAAGUAUAAGAUUAUAUAAGACAGAAACUCAAAAUAUCUAUAUUAAAUCAUGUUUAUAAUUCUGGCGAAAUCCUAAAACAAAAAUCCCUAAAUUCAAUGUCUGGUGUAUUUGUAGUGUUAUCUUUAGGGGUCAAAUAGUAAUCUUUAAAGAGACAAAAGCUAAUACACAUUUAUUUUAGGUGGUGUGUUUUUAAAACAUGUUAACCAUACUCCUUUUUUUUUCUCUCCGUUUUUUUUUUCUUUCGGUUCUACUCUUUAUUAAAGUAUCUGUGAUUAUGGUUUGAUUUUUGUGAUAACAUAUCAGUUUUUAGAAACAAUUGUGUUAAAUGUUUUUCAUUACAUAUUUCAUAUUUUCUCAGAUAAUGAAUGAAUCCCUUUCUUCUACAGUAUAGCUUUCUAUACAUAUCUUCAUUCUCUGGGUGUUUUUUCUUUAUGUGUUCUCCUAUUAUUUUUGAUCUGACAAAUAUAGAAAAACAAACAGUCCAAUUGCUUCCUAAGACUCCUCAGUGGUUAUUUCACCUUUUUGCCAUCUGUUUUGUUUUUUGGGGUUUUUUGGUAUCCGAUAAAACCUAACUUUAUUUUGAAAACAUUAUAAGAAUUUUUUUAUUUGGAGAUCAUGUAGCAGAAUAACUAAUGUAAAUUCUUGGAAUUGUUUUUGGGUAUGGACAAUUCAUGCAUGGCAUUGUUCUAUAAUUUACUUAAAUGUAUUUGCUAUCUUUUAAUAAAAAAUAAGCCUUAAUUUUAUUAUAUUUUUUGGCAAACAAAAAUUGCAAAUUGGCUACAGAUUUUUAAAAUUAAAUUCACUAAGUGACUAAUAAUUUUGUUGGUCCAUCUUCAACCCUCUACUGAUUUGACUAAUGGAUUUUAAUUUCUGAAGGCCAACCUAUCUUUUUAUGUCCCUGCAAUUAAAGAUUCAUUUGAUGUGUUUGCCAAAAUCAAUUAACUCUUUAAAAAUAAUUUGUUACAUUACUUCAGCUUUUUAAACUUUAUAUUCAAGAAAUUUAUAUUAUUUCAAUUUUUUAUAUAUUCAUUAAAGAUCAAACACAAAGUAAAGCACCCUUGAAUGCUUUAUCAGCAAGUCCAUACUGCACUACUUUUAACUUAGAUUAAUUAAAAGGCAGCUUCUGCAACCUUGCAUCGGUGGCCUUUGUAGUGUAGUAAUAACUAAUAUCCUUGACCCUUAUUUUUAUUUUUCAUAUUAAUAUCUUGUAAGGAAAAUUGUUUCAGAAGUUUAUCUUUGGUUGUACCUGAUCAGUAAUUUGUUUUAAAAUCAGUCGUUAAAAUACACAUGUAGAUGCUAGUGCCCAACAUUUUUGUUAUUUCACAAAUGCAUAUAUCCUCAAUUUUUUGUUUUUAUACAACCAAAUGAACAUAAUUAAAUUUCAAUUUUUAUUAAGUUAUUUUUAUUUUGCAUACAAUUAGAGUUGCUAAAAAUCUGUAAACCUAACAUUGUGACACUAAAGUAUUUGAAAAACGUUUGUGUUCCUCCUGCAUAUAUUAAACUUCUGUGAUUAAUUUUUUUCCGUCAAGUUUUUAAAAUGCUUUAGGGUGACCCAGUCACUGUCAAGAGAAAGUAUAUCUAGAUUGGCAAUUUUGAUUCAAAUGGCCAUGUAUUGUCAGUGAGGUACCAAAACACUAUUCCUUGAAAAAUCAUCUGUAGAAAUUGUUCAGUGUAAUUGAAAUUGUUCUCAAAUAUAUGACAGAUUCCUAUUAUUAACAUUACAGAUUUUAAUUAUGGUGAUCUUGGUUGCUAAUUAACAAAUUCACGUCAGCAUCUGUCCAUCCAUCCACUGUGUUUUGAAGCACUGUGUUAAAACUAUAUUUCUGCAAAGCAUGUCAGUUAGCUUCUUCUUUUUUUCUUUUUUUUCUCUGAUUGUGUAUAUGUAGCCAUCAUUUGCAUUUUAUCACAGACAUUCUCAUCACUUCAUUUUUGUGCGACAUUGGAUGUGACUGAUUGCUUCAUGUAGUAAUAUACAUGUACUCUGUGUUUGAAUGUUGUGUGUGUCACAAUAUUAUGUUUAAUUUUUUACUUUGUUAAAAAAAAAAAUCAUUCCUAAUUUUGUUUAGUUAAUGAAGAACAUUACAAGAUUUGCUUUUGAUUAUUAUGUGGAAUUUAUUUUUUCACUUUAAUGGUAAUUGGUUGAAGCCAAAAUGAUGUGGGUUUACGGUAUAGGGGUGUACUGGAGUUUUUCCCGCAUUACAUCUUAUUUUGUAAAAUGUUGACAGUUUACAGUGUGGACAAGGACACCCCUAAACGCUGCUUAUGCAUUCAUGCAUCUGUAUAUAAUGUGUUUUGUUGGUUACAGGCUAGUUUUGGGUGUAUGUAUUUUGAUGUUAGCUGCAUGUUUUGGGAUUACAGUAUUUAACAUAGAACAUUAUAUUUUAUACAGUUGUUUUGUAAUCACCGAUAUUCUAAUUGAUACAUGUAGUUGUUGGAUGUUUUUUGGCUGAAUUAUAAACUUUAAUUAUGUACUUUAAAUAGUUUACCCCACAGAAAAAGAAAUCAUUUGUGCAACAUUGCCUCAUACCAAAUACAAUAUAUAUUUAUAUAUAUAUAGUUUUGAGUAGAGCACAGUUUUGACUUGUAGCAUAGAAAAGGAUAAAACAUAUCACUAUUGUAAUUUUAAAAUAGGUUUUUGAAGUGUGGCUUCAUUGGUUUAUUGGCAUAGACAAACCAUAAAUUGUGUUACACACUGAAAGUCAUGCUUCAUAUAAAUGUUUUAAAAGAACAUCAUUUAUUUUAACCUUUUCUAAAUGUAAAUGCAUAGAAAUGCUAUAUUUUUAAUGCAUAUUUAGUAGCUAGUGAUUGUUUUGCAUGGUGCAAUUAAGUUGUACACAUUUAAGAUGUAUGUUUUGUAUUUUACAGGCUGUGUUACCUAAAUCAUGUAGUGCUGUGUUAUUUAAGUUAAUUUAAUUUAUUGCUUUGCAAGAUUUUUUGAUUGGCUGCAUUAUACAUCAAAACAUGGCAUUGCUGGUCCUUUAUUGAAGAAAAAUGAUCAAAACGUGCACAAAAAUAAAGGAGAAAUUGUUUUUAAUUCAUUUAACUAGGCAGGUUUAAUUUAAUGUGACAGCAUUCAAACUGAAUUAAUUAAUUGAUUUGAAUUAAAAUAUUCUUUGAACUGUCAGUCAAGAUGUUUUUUUUAAAUAAAAUUUAAAAUAUGACAUGACAUUUUUGAGAAUGGAACAUAUCAGGCUAAAUUUAUCAUAACUUUGUUUCAGUUUUAGUCAGGUUUUGAUGUGUAAUGUACAAUAUCCUUUUCAUAUAAUCGGAGUAGAAACGAUUUUCGUAUAUAUUAAUGAUCAAAACGUUUUUUAAUGUGCAAUUGUGGCUUUACAUUCCAUCAUAUAUAAUCUAUUUUAUUCAUGGGAUAACAUCCAACUCAUUAGGACUUGACAUGAACCAUCAUAUUAGGGAUCAGGCAGGAAAACUGGUUUAAGAUGGCAUUGACGGCUAUUUGUCGCUGCAUGCAUUAUAAAGUUCUUAUACUGAUCCUGGUCGGGCUGCUGGUGCUCUCUUGCACUUGCCAGUGCGGUCGGUCCCUCCUCUCACCCACCCCAAUGUCUUUCCUGUUCUGGACAGAGGAGCCGGCAUGGGCCGACACCUGCGCCCAUGACAGGCGUGCGCUACAACAGCUUGCUCUGACUGCACGUUAAGCCUUAUGACUUGAACUGACCUGAGUUUUAUCACCAGAAAUAACAUAUGGACAAUUGGUCAUUGGAGUCUGUGAUCGAAAACAAAAAUCUUCUGAAAGACUAGAACACCGGAGCGCAUAUUGAUGCUUCUGUAUUCUCGAUUAGGUACUGGGGUAAUCAGUCUAACUCCUCUGACCCUAGGCAAAGGCAGUAGUGGCGACGAGGGAUGUCUGACUGGCUGCCCCAGGGUAUGCCGCAAUUUGGCUUUUACACAAUGUACAACAGCCAUCGAAAUGUCUGUCUCCAUUCAAAUGCAUCAUUUGUUAUGAGACCAGUCGUCGUUCAUUUCGGUUCAGAUCUCAAUACUCACACAUCAGUUUGGGCUACCAGUGAUUCGAGUUGAAAUGUUAAUACGCAUUUAGUCGUCGUCUCUCUCUCUCUCUUCCCCCCCCCCCCCCCCCCAAUAUAGUUAGAUGUGUUUCGCGUUUUGAUCAUUGAUGUAUAUGGUCCGUUUCCUACAUGCUUGAUCAAUUUUAUCUGUGAUGCCAAAUGUUGCUUUGGGUUGCAUUGGAAGUUUUCCAUUUAAAAGCUAGACUCCCAUAGUAUUCUUGUUUUAAUGGUUUUAUUACUAAAAUCGAUGUAUUUGGUGUGGAGAUAUAUUGCAUACUAAAAUGUGAUUGCACACUAUACAUAUGUAAA